GGUGCCUCGAUCCAACAUUAAUGCACGAGAGAUACAAUCACAUCCCCUCAACCAUCUCCGACGUGGGGAGGAGAGGCAGUUACAAUCGGCAAAUGUGGACGCCAUCGUUUAUUUCCGUGAAGCCAAUCCCAGUCUGUCUCUAUGGUGUUUUAUUUUUCAACAAGCCGAAUAGAGCUCGGUUUUUUCCGUGCAGUAGCAAUUAAAGCCGAGAGUCUUUUGCGCGAGGCACAGACAUCAGUCGGUUUGGGUAGCACUGUAAAAUUGUGUACGUCUUACUGAACAAGUAGAUAAGUAUUUUGAAAAUGGAAUCAGCUAACCAGCUCGUGUCUGUUGGAACGUUUCAAGUGCUUAAAUUACCCCUUGGAUUUAUCCGCGUUUUGGAAUGGCUUUUUGCCAUUUUUGCAUUUGCAACAUGUGGAGGCUACAGUGGACAGCUGCGGGUUAGCGUUGACUGUCAGCUUGACAAGGCCAGCAGCAACCUCAGUAUUGGCAUCGAUUUUGCCUAUCCUUUUAGGUUGCACCAGGUGUCCUUUGAGGCUCCGCUGUGUGAUGGGAGGAGGAGGGAGAGUCUCUUCCUCAUUGGGGACUAUUCUUCCUCAGCUGAGUUCUUUGUCACCAUUGCUGUGUUCGCCUUCCUCUACUCCCUCAUGGCCACCAUAGUCUACAUCUUCUUCCAGAACAAGUACAGAGAGAACAACCGAGGCCCUCUCAUCGACUUCAUAGUGACCGUGGUGUUCGCCUUCAUGUGGCUGGUCAGUUCUUCGGCCUGGGCCCAGGCCUUGUCGGACGUCAAGGUCGCCACAGAUCCAGAUGAGGUGCAGGAGCUCAUUUCUGCCUGUAAGGUCAUGACCAACAAGUGUGGCUCAGUGCAAGGACCCCGUUGGUCAGGCCUUAACACCUCUGUGGUGUUUGGCUUCCUAAACUUCGUUCUGUGGGCAGGAAACAUCUGGUUUGUUUUCAAGGAGACUGGCUGGCAUAAGGGAGGACCUGCUCGGUACGCUGGAGCGCCACCCGAAAAACAGGCCGCGACCUUCAGCCAGCAGCAGCCCUACAACCAGGGCAGCUUCGACCAGUCAGGAGGCUACAGCGGCCAGGGAGACCGGGAGCAGGCAUCAGAAUACAGUCCUGUGGGCGAACCCACCUCCUACUCCAAUCAGAUGUAGCCUUGCAGUCUGAUUGGCACAUCAGUGUUCUAUAAGGGAAAAUUCAAUCAGGGGUUAAGGAAGGAAGGGGUUGAAGGGAGGGAGGGGGCAUGAGGGGCUAGCUCAGUUUGAUCCCUCUGAUGCAUCACGUUGUUGGUGUCCUGUUUGUGCAAAAACAUAAAAAAAAUGUGUCCAAAUGACCAACAUGCAGUUCUUAGGUAAAAAUAUUCUGGUGCCAGAAAAGGUAAGUUGUCGAUUGAUACAGUUCCACGCGUUGUAUUUUGAAGUAUUGUACAAAAUCUAGAUUUUAGUUACGUUUUUAGAUGUUGUUUUCGUGAAUGUUGUAUUGCCUGUGGCUUGAGUCUGUUUACAGUUUAUCUUUUUCUGUGCUAGGUGCAAUGCCACAGACCUUUUUAACGAGACUUCUUUUUCAAACUGGUUUGUACUGUCGUGGAAGAGAAAUGUGGUCUACAAUUGUAUAAUUCUUGAAGUUUCCUAUAUAGUCUUGACAAAGUGCAUGAAGUUGUGCUAUGUGUUUCUAUGCUUGUUUGUGCACAUUCUAAUAAUGAAACUGGCAGGAUUUAAUCUCAGCGUUACAGCAAGGUAACAGUAGCAGUUUAUUCCUCAUUAUUAGAAUUUUAUUUCAUCGCUUGUAUUUAUUUAUAUUUUUUUCAAGACACCCUUUAUAGUAUACACUAUAUUUUAAUAAAUGUGUUUUUAUUUUAUAUAUUUAAAAUGAUUAUUUAAAUUGUAUCAAGUUUUAUUUCACUGCACUAAGGAAGAAUUGUUCGUUUUUUGCCAUGUUACACAAGAUGCCCUUGAUCAUAAAUGGGUUUUAUGUAUUGAUUUGUGGGGAGUUUUUGAUGUUGUUGUUAACAAUUGUAAAUGGGAAAAGUGUUUGUACCCGCUCUGUUUACAAAUGGUUGCUCUUGAUUCAAAUGAAAGAAUAAUUUCAUACACAUCCUGGAGCUGGCUAGCUAGGCCCCAGUGAAAAAGGGCCAGAAUAACUAAGUUGCAAUUAAAACAGUGAGCUCAGCCAAGCUUGUCUGUAUAACCAUUCCUGAACACCCUCCAUUUUAUCUGUCAUGUUUUCUCUGUCUUGAAUUUUAUAAACAAAGUCAUUCAGGUUUGUACAACUUUUGGAAAGUUUGUGCAAUGAAUAAAAAUAAGUCUAAUGAGAUGGUGUCUGAUAUUGAUGAUGAUAAUGAAUUAACCACGUGUCUUCAGUGUCAAAGCAUGUGGUAAAAAAACUCCAUGUAUGUACUUGCUCUUCUGUCCGUGUAACAUUAUAAUUUGAACAAUUUGAAAACCAUUUACCAGUAUUUGUAAUCUGUUUAUGAUUACUGAGGGUGGGGGAUAUUUUACAAGCAUUUUGAAUAAUGCUAAUAAAGAUGUUGGACAAAUCCA